UUUGGCUUCCGGCUGGGAGCGGAAAUGGGACGAACGUCCUCCUUCUCCCCCCGCUUCCCUCUGCAAUACUAGCCAAGACAAUAGGAGGCAAUGAUGGCUCCGAGGGGGCCACCUUUCCACGGUUUAUGGCUGCUCUUUAUGCUGCUCUGGGGCGACCAGGUAUCCUGUGAAUAUGGCAUGGUCCACGCCUUCUCAGAGAAGGGGAGCACCAAAGGCAAGGAUUACUGCAUCCUCUUCAACUCCCUGUGGGCUCCCCUGCCCCACGACUUGGGCAAAGCCUCUCUCCUGCAGCUGCAGAACCAGACGGUGUCUGUCUUGUGCUCGCCUUCCGACGUGCCUGAGGGAGGGUUCAGCAACACCAUCCCCAUGGUGAUGCGGGGCAACUGCACCUUCUAUGAGAAAGUGAAGCUGGCUCAGAUCAACGGAGCUCGGGGACUGCUGAUAGUCAGCAGAGAGAGGCUGGUUCCCCCUGCUGGUAACCGCAGUCAAUAUGAAGAGAUCGAUAUUCCUGUGGCCCUGUUGAGCUAUGCUGACAUGCUGGAUAUUGGCAAGAGUUUCGGCCAGUCUGUGAAGGUGGCUAUGUACGCCCCCAGCGAGCCGGUCUUGGAUUACAACAUGGUGAUCAUCUUUAUCAUGGCCGUGGGCACAGUGGCAGUCGGCGGCUACUGGGCUGGAAGCAGAGAUGUAAAAAAGCGGUACAUGAAGCACAAGCGAGAUGACGGGGCCGAGAAGCACGAAGAUGAGACGGUUGACGUCAGCCCGGUCAUGAUCUGCGUGUUCGUGGUCAUGUGCUGCUCAAUGCUCGUCCUCCUGUAUUACUUCUACGACGAUCUAGUUUAUGGCAUCAUCGGGAUCUUUUGCCUGGCUGCUUCAGUUGGCCUCUACAGCUGCCUUUCUCCAUUUGUCCGGAGGUUCCCUUGGGGAAAAUGCAGAGUUCCUGAUAACAACCUGCCGUACUUUCACAAGCGUCCGCAGGUCCGGAUGCUGCUCUUGGCUCUCUUCUGUGUCGCCGUCAGCGUGGUCUGGGUAGUCUUCCGAAAUGAGGACCAGUGGGCCUGGGUCCUCCAAGAUGCCCUGGGAAUUGCCUUUUGCCUUUACAUGCUGAAAACCAUCCGCUUGCCAACAUUCAAGGGCUGUACUUUGCUUCUCGUAGUGCUGUUUGUGUACGACGUUUUCUUUGUGUUCAUUACACCAUAUUUCACUGAGACCGGGGAGAGCAUCAUGGUGGAGGUGGCAGCUGGCCCAACCGACUCGGCCACUCAUGAAAAGCUGCCCAUGGUGUUGAAGGUCCCGAGGCUCAAUUUCUCACCACUGGCGCUCUGUGACAGGCCGUUCUCACUUCUCGGAUUCGGGGACAUUCUAGUUCCAGGUCUCCUGGUGGCAUACUGCCACCGAUUUGACAUCCAAGUCCAGUCAUCCAGAGUAUAUUUUGUUGCCUGCACCACAGCCUAUGGCAUUGGCCUCCUGGUAACCUUCGUGGCCCUGGCGCUGAUGCAGAAAGGCCAGCCGGCGCUCCUCUACCUCGUGCCAUGCACGCUCCUCACCAGCUUCGUCGUGGCCCUGUGUCGCAAGGAGCUGGGCAUGUUCUGGACGGGCAGCGGCUUUGCGAAAGAUCUACCUCAUCCUCCCUUGGUGAUCUCCCCCGUCAGCUGUCCCAAGCCCCCGAAGGAGGCGAACCCGCUGGUGUCUCAGCCCGAAGCAGACGAGCAGACGACCAACCCUACCCUCCACACCGAAGAGCCAGACAGCGGCCCAUUGUCCAGCGGGGAGCCGCCGGCCUCCUCCCCAGGGGCGGAGGAGCAGACUGAGUCCAGCGAACAGGCGGGGUCCCCCACCCCAUGCAUAGAAGAACAGACUGCUCAGAAGGAAGGCACUCCCGAAAGCAAGAAUGUCCCGGCGGAACAAAGUCAAUCUGACUAGAAACGCCGGUUCCUCCUUGCCCAGUCUCUUCCACUUGUUUUUCCCCCCCUCUUCCUCCAUCACAGACUAACUCAAGACUAAAACCAAGAACUGGUUUGGUCGCAUCGGCGUUUAGCACAGAAGCGCAUCACCAAUCUGAUCAUCCAGCCGCCAGGAAACCUCUGUUUCAGAGUUCAGGACACAGAUAAUCUCUCACACUAAUUUCUGCCCGUUGCCCCCUGCCCCCUCCCCUUGAAUAUGGUGCUUAAUGAAGAAGGUUCUGGUAGAAUUUCAGCGGUUGCUUAGAUCACACCAGUUAGCAGAUGCCUUUGUUUUCCCUUUCCCCUUUCAUAAUGCUGGGGUACUAUUAUAACAUACUCCUUUUUAAAAAAAAAAAUGUAGACAGUAUUUUGCGCUUGCGUGGCUGUGAUAUUGCUUUAGCGUAGGUUAGGGCCGUGCGAGAAGAAAGCGUCGUGCGUCUCUGACCCGUAGGUGUUUUCCUGUUCUUUCAAAAUAACUCCCUCACUUCCUCCAGGGAGAUUUUGUUUCUUGUGUCUCUGUGCACAUCCCCAACCUGGCUUAGGUACAAAACGGACAGGGGAAUGAGCUGGGUUCUGGAAAGAAUUUGAUUGAGGUGAAGGGGCUCUGUGCCUUGCCAUAUCUGUGUUUGGAUUGGAUGCCAUAGAAACAGAAGGUGUGAUGUCAAGAGCAUACAAUAUUCCGGGCAGGGCCCCUUGAGAUGAUGGCAUUUAGUAGACGGAUCUGUUCUGCUUUAGAAGGCCAGCUUCCUUCCCCUCUCCUCCGGUCCACCGAGUUAGCAAGCUGAUGGAGGUAAAUGUUUGCAGGAACCCCUUUCUCAGUUGAUGCUUUUGGAAUCCUCUUCCUUUUUGAACUUAGCAGGAGGCUGCUUUAGCAGGAGAGAGGUUUGUUUCCUGUGCCCAACCUGUUUCCGUGAGCUGAUGUGCCCAGUGCCCUCUCCUUGGCAAGCAAGAGAAGGCAGGAGGGAUGAUGGUGGCUGCCCUUGGGAGUGAAGUGAAGCUUGCUGCCUCUGUGGAUUGAAAGUGGAAGGGUCUGCUGCUGUCACACGGGAGCCCCUUGAAAUCUCAGCAAGCGCUUGAGAUCUCAGCCAAGCCUUUCUUGGGAGGAGCCACUUAAGCAAUGGGAGGGGAAGGUCUUUUUGUGCCGCAUAUCCGCCGCCUAGGUUCUUCCCACAUUUCCAUGUCUGUCCCACCAAGAGGCAAGUCGCUUUGAAUUUGAACCCUCUUUCCUGGUUGCUUGGGCAAGCCUGGACCAAACGUCUUGCAUUGAAGUCUGCCGAAAUUCAGGACGUUUUGAUUUGAGUGUUUCCCAAGUCACCUUAAGAAAACCAAACAGCGGCUUACAACCUUGAAAUGCGUACUUUGACGAGGUGCUACAGUGGUUUAUGAAAAAGGGGCUGAUCUUGAAUGUGGAGGGGGGGGUGGAGGCAGGGAAAUGCUUCCCUGCUUAGCUAAUACUGCCCUUAAAAGAGCAGCAGGAUUAAUGCCGUUUUGCUGCUCUUUUGGGACUUGAAAAGGCGGGGAACGGGCCUAAACCAGUGGCACUUUCAAAUUGCUUAACAACCGGUGUCGGCUUCCACAGGUCUGACCUGUGGAUGCCUCCGUUUGUGGUUCGGCCCUUGGAUGUUGGGAAAGUGAGGAAUCUCUCCUCAAGAUAGAUCAGGGCGGGGAGGGGUGCGUGAGUUUCCCCAGACCUCUUUAGAACUCGUUGUCCUGAGGCUGCCACCUCUGUGGGUCUUUGUGCGUCUCUCUCUCCAUUAUUGUGUUGUGUGUCCACGUACUCUUUGUUUUUGUUUUCCAGACUGUAGCACUGUAAUCUGUGUAUAAAGGUUUCACCAGCUUCUGCCGACUUUUUCUGGUGACACUACCAACUCCAGUCCACCAGGUUGCCUCGGCUUUGAGCCAAACGGAGGGGAGGGGGGCUUGUCUGGGGAGGCGUUUUUUUCCUAGGCCUCAGCCCAGAGGGAAAGUGAACCCCUUUUUUUGGCACAGCCUUGCUCCUGGGCAGAACGUGGCGGACGGUAAACGGAACCAGCUGUCGCUUGAGCAGAAUGACGGACGCUUGUCUUAGACACUACAGGAUUUAUGCCUUAAUUUAAGCCAUUUUAUAAAUAAUGUAUAUGAAACUUUCAUUUUACAAAAACAGGUUAAACAAUAAACUUGACAAAAAUCAGGUUAUUCAGACUUUGA